CAGAGAGAGAAGACGGAGAGAGAGGGGCCCUCGGCAUCUCCAAAGCCGGCCCAGUGAGGGGGUGAGGGGCUCUAGAGCACUACAAUGGAGAGGAUAGUGGGAGGAGAAGCAGAAACGGGGGGAUAAGAAAAGGGAAAAAGGCAGGGCGAUAAAAUCAGAAGCAGGCUUUCGCAGAGACAGGGGAGUGGGUGGGUGGGAUCUGAGAAGAGGAGGGGAAAACAGAUAAAAGUUUUGAAGACCAGACGAGGAGAGGGAGAGGGAAGGGGAAAAGAGACUACAGAUAGUCAGAAAGAGUCUACGUUAAUGGCAAAGGUAGGUGGAGAUUCAUGGAAAAAGAGGAGGAAGCUCUGUGUCUCAGGAGUCCUCCUGUUCCUCUUCUGCUUCUACUUCUUUCUGUGAGGCUGCUGGACAUCAUCCAUCACCAUGUUCUCUGACAGCAGGGCUCCAGUGCCUGGGGAGCAGAAAAGCUUCAAGCCCCAUGCACCUCACUUCAUCCCAUGGCUGCGCAAUAAUCUGAAGCCCCACCACAGCAGUGACCUGGGGCUCAACGGACCGUUCAAAUCCAGCUCAGAGGCCCGCGACAACCUGACCCCGCUGGUGAGAGCCAAAGGCAUCAGGUUGUUCUCCAUCCACGGAAAGGACAGGGCGAAGAAGGGGGAGCUUCGGUGUAAUGGUGUUGGGGUGGCGAGAAUGCUCCCAGGGGUGCAGAGGGGGCACAACAUCCUGCCAGAGAGUCGGGGAAAGCAGAGGGAGGACAGUCCUGCCAGGUGGAACCAGUCUCCAGAGCUGCACCAAGACCUCAACACGCAGAUCAGUCCAGGGGAUGGGCUGCAGGGUCUAAGAAAAAGCUCCACGUCUGCUCAGGACAACCACACCUUGGUUAGGAACAACGGCAGCCACCUGAGCCUCCCUCAGUCGCAGAAUGACGGGACUAGCACCUCAGUCAGGAAAUAUGGGCCACUAGUGAGACCCACUCCUGCUCCUGCUCCUGCACUGCUCACUGAGGAGACAAACUAUAAGGUGCCUGUUGUGGUGGGCAUGGAGGACAGGGGGGGGGGUGUGUGGGACUACGCCAGCGGUACCACCUACCGCCUGAGAGACCCCCAUUCAUCCAGCUGGCUGAGCUCAGACUCUCAGGGACAAACAGAAAAGCAGCAUGCGUUCACCUCCAACUUCAGCUAUAUCAAACAACAGAGCAGGAACUCCCAGAGCCAGAGAGACCUGACAGCGCUGAGGGAACCACCUGUGGAUGGUUUCAACGGGCCCCUCAAUGGAGUACUUUUCCCCACUGAGGUUCCUCAGAGAGGCCUGGGCUGCAGCACAACUCCACGAGGCCCCAGGAAACCUAGACCAAGCUUGGAGUGUAUCGCGAACCUAGGCCAGAACCAGACAUGGGUCCAAUACAGGCAUCCCAUUAAAGGGGAGUCCCAGAAGAAGGAAGCAGGCUGCAGCAGGAAGGUGGUUCGAAACCAGAUUAAACGGGUGGUGGACAACCUGGAGCAGGUUCUUACAGCGCUGAGGGAUGUUCAACAGGAAAUGAAAGAGGUGGUGCAGCAGAUUGACUAUCUAACCUCAUCCAUUGAUCUGAAUGAGGUGGAGCAGCAGAGGACAGAAGGACGCGACAGCGCCAAGCCCCCCAGCAACAGCAGCUUCAGUUCAGGCUCAGGCUCCAGCUCCAGCGAGGUGACAGUAGGCAACACCCAUCAGAGGCCCAAGUCUGAAGACCAGCCAGGAACCACAGGCUCAUCUGGCAGCCUCAGGAGAGACCAUCAUUACAGGAGCCAAUCUCCACCAAAUGUGCUGCUGUGCCAUGUAAGCUCUGGGUUUUCAUCAGAGAGGAGUCAAACUCUUCGGUUCACAAGCAGUCUGGGGUCUUCUCCCAGACAAGGUGGGCCACUGCAGUAUAGCAAUAAUCCUCCUUCAUCCAAUCCCCUUCAAAUUCUAAACCUCACCUCCCAUGACCUUACUUUGUCUCCCCAAAGAAGCAUCCCUGUACGGCCUCCCACUCCUGGUCUCUCCCCUCUAACAGUAAACUUUCACCACCCCAGCAGCCCUAAUUCUCAGCCUCACUCCCCUGGACCUUCCUCCUCCAUCACGUUCAGUCCUGUCUCCCCUCCCUCCCCUCUGUCUCCAAAGCCUCACCAACCCCCCACCCUUAGCCCUUCUGUCAUCAUAGAGAACAAAAUCGGUUCUUAUAAGACCCCACAUAGUGACCACCCAUCUGCUGGUGCGCUCUCUCCAUCAUCAACCCAGCCUCCGUCUGCCAGCUGCCCACCCACCAACUCUGAAACUCAAACUGUGUCCAACAACAACAGAGAGAGGCGAGUAUCCUCAGCAGGGCCCGUUCACAUACCUUCACAGAUGUGCACUGCCCUUGCAGCCACAGCUAAACCACCAGCAGCACAAGGCCGGCGAGGUCGCAAGCCACCACCUUACCCUCACCACAGACCCUAUGAACACACAAAGAAAGUGAAGGAGCCCCGCAAAGCUCCCCCGUACCCUGAGAAAAGAAGGCUGCUCUCGACCACGGUGUGAGACAAUGCAGCAGGACGGGCGAGGCUAAUCGAACAGAGCCAUAUUCACAGCACCAGCCACGAGUCCGCCAGAGUGGACAGUGAUUUAAGGCUCGCCAAGUUGAGCUGAGACCAAGUUUCCAAGGUGACAAGGCGCAGAAGCAACUUGGGGU